CACCUAAUCCUCUGUAUGUAAAUGUAAUCAAGCCCCACGCUCCCCAUGGUUCUCUUCCAACCCCAAUUAAUCCUAGGCAGGCAAAGCUCGUUUUUUCUUGUGCGCCGGUUGAUUGGGCUCUCUGUUUGCGGAGUCUUGCUCUCCCUCUGGUCGGUUUUCGUUGAUCCCUCCUGCAUUGGUUUGCUCCGGCUCAGAUCCGAUUCUCUAGGUUUGUAUCCUUUCCUUUAGUUCUGUUUUGGAUCCUCCCUUCGUCAAGUUUUCCGGCGGUGACGGUGAGGGAGAAGUGGGUUGGCAAUUUGACGAAGACACGGCCGCCCACCGCCGUGGGGUCAUCCAUUAGUGCGACGUCCGACGUCGCCAUGGGUGAUCCGGCUGCUCGAGCUUGCUCAGUUCCAGAUUUCCCAGUAGCCCCCUUCAAAUCUUUGAUCGGGGUUGGGUGCAAAGCAACGUUAUUUCUGCUUCAUUCAUGAAGAGAGACCAAAGUAUCAAGUGGAACAACAGAAUUUUAGGUACUGCCGUGCCGCUCAACAAGGGAAGAGCAAGAGCUCCAGUCUCUGUCUCACUUAUUAUGAUCCUCUAUGAACCAUACCCUGCAACAGAUUUCAUUCCAAACGGGGCAUAAUCAUUGAAGACCAGUUAAGGGGGGCAGUGAGAAGGGAUGGCGGUGGAGUUGGCCAAGCAAUUGCUUGCGGUUAUUGGAAGCUAUACACCACCUCUCUGGGCUACCCUCAUCGCCGGGGUUUUUGUUAUCAUCUCCGUCUCGCUGUCCCUGUACUUGCUGUUCAAUCAUCUGUCAGCCUACAAAAACCCAGAGGAACAGAAGUUUCUUGUCGGCGUCAUUCUCAUGGUGCCGUGCUAUGCAGUCGAGUCGGUAAGUACAUAUCACUGGUAAAUCCAUCAAUAAGUGUUGAUAUCGAAAUCAUGCGAGAUGGCUAUGAGGCAUUUGCUAUGUACUGUUUUGGGCGCUAUCUAGUUGCUUGCUUAGGUGGUGAAGAUAGGACAAUUGAAUUUUUGAAUAGGGAAGGUGGUUCAGGUUCUGCUGCACCACUUUUAGGACAAGCAUCUGAACAACGAUACGUAAACCAUCCUUUUCCAAUGAACUACGUGCUUAAACCGUGGCCGCUAGGCGAAUGGUUCUACUUGGUCAUCAAAUUUGGGCUAGUUCAGUAUAUGAUAAUAAAAUCAAUAUGUGCUAUUCUUGCGGUGAUUCUUGAAUCCUUUGGAGUGUAUUGUGAAGGAGAGUUUAAGUUGAACUGUGGGUACUCUUACACGGCCGUGGUUCUCAAUUUCAGUCAGUCAUGGGCCUUAUACUGUCUCGUCCAGUUCUACACCGUGAUAAAGGAUGAGUUAGCUCAUAUAAAGCCUCUUGCGAAGUUUCUGACAUUCAAGUCCAUUGUGUUCUUAACAUGGUGGCAAGGUAUAGCAAUCGCAUUGCUCUUCAACUGGGGUUUGUUGAGAGGUCCUAUCGCUCAAGAACUGCAGUUCAAGUCAAGUAUCCAAGACUUCAUUAUCUGCAUAGAGAUGGGUGUUGCUGCCGUUGCCCACCUGUAUGUCUUCCCUGCGAAGCCGUACGAGCUGAUCGGUGAUCGUCUUGUUGGAGAUGUUUCUGUUCUUGGAGACUACGCUUCUGUCGACUGCCCUCUAGAUCCAGACGAGGUCAAGGAUAGCGAGCGCCCAACCAAGUUCAGGCUUCCCCAGCCAGAUGAUCAUGUCCGGUGUUCCACUGCCAUAAAAGAAAGCGUUCGCGAUGUCGUACUUGGAGGCGGUGAAUAUAUCGUGAAUGACUUGAAGUUCACUGUGAACCACGCGGUGGAACCCAUCAAUGAGAAGCUGCACAUGAUAUCCGAGAACAUAAAAAAGCGCGAGAAGGGAAAGAAGAAAACAAAUGACGAUAGCUGCAUCGGUUCACCCACAUCCUUGACCAGGGUCAUCAGUGGGAUUGAUGAUCCCCUCCUGAACGGGAGCCUGAGUGACAACAGUGGCCCAAAGAAAGCGCGAAGGCAGCACAGGAAAUCAGGCUAUGCAGGCGCGGAGAGCGGCGGAGAGAGCAGCGACCAUGGCCUAGGUGGGUUUGAGAUCCGAGGGAACAGAUGGAUUACUAGCUAGGGAGUGACAACUAAGAGCAACCUGUGGAGAUGCUAUACAAAUGUCACAGGAGUUAGCCUAGCCAGUGGGUUCAAGUGUAGGAUGAGGUAUCUGGCAUGAUGUUGUAGCAUGGGCAAAUCGAGAUGAGUGAGCAAUCAGGUUGUUGUCUGUUGAUUCUUUUAGCUGAGCGCCUGAGCUGCUGAGGCCUUGAUCCUGUAUUUAAGAUGUCAGGCCUUGAUUCUUUCAGCAAGCGUUGGAAGGAAGGAAGCAAUGUGCCUGUUCUGAGCUCCCGUCAGCAUCACUUGUAAAGUUCUUAUAAGUACAGACUAGAACUAGUCAUGCAUACAAGAGAAUAGACAGUCGAUGUUUCUAUCUGUUUUUGUUUCAUUCUAAGGCCCUUGUCACACGAGCACCAGAAUUUUUUUUCUUUC